UCCUACUUGAGAAAAUGUCUAGUCCGAUCAAAGUCCCCUUCUUCACAGGCGUCCGACGUUUGUUUUACAUUGUGUCGGCUAACGAAACUUCGUUCAAAGAUGUUGAAGAUGUUCCAACAUACAUCAAUGAUGCUGUGCCAUUUUUCUUUAUGUGCAUUUUCCUUGAAAUGGCUGUCAUGUGGUACAAGAAAGAUAAGGUAAACAGAUUCAAUGAUGGAGCAACAUCAAUUGGAGCUGGCCAGUACUCUCGACUCCCAAUGUUACUGACAAAAUCCAUUGGUAUCACUGGGUACAUUUGGGUGCAUGACAACUACCGUCUUUAUGAGCUACCUUGGAACUCGGCUUGGACAUGGUGGCUUUGCUUGUUCGGGGUGGACCUUGGAUAUUACUGGUUUCACAGAAUGGCACAUGAGGUCAACUUUAUGUGGGCUGCCCAUCAGGUACACCACAGUUCUGAGUACUACAACCUGACGACAGCACUCAGGCAGUCUGUGCUUCAGAUUUAUACUUCCUGGGUGUUUUAUCUUCCUCUUGCAUUAUUCAUUCCACCCUCAGUCUUUAUGGCUCACAAUGAAUUGAACAUCUUGUACCAGUUCUGGAUUCACACCCAAUAUAUAAAAUCUUUGGGUCCUUUGGAGUACAUAUUGAACACCCCUAGUCACCACAGAGUGCAUCAUGGGAGAAAUCCAUAUUGUAUAGACAAAAACUAUGCCGGUUUUCUCAUCAUAUGGGAUCGAAUCUUUGGGACCUUUCAAGCAGAGGAGGAGGAAGUUGUAUAUGGGUUAGUUCACCCAAUCAACACAUUUGAACCCAAUGUCAUUCAGUUUGGAUACCUCAAGUACAUGAUAGAGAGAUUUAGGGAGAUGGAAGGAUGGAAAAAUAAAUUUUGUGUCCUAUUUUGUGGGCCAGGAUGGGGCCCAGGCAAGCCAAGAACAGGGGACAUCAAAGACAUUCCCGAGGUUAAGGCGCCCUGUCCCCAGUACCAUGUGAAGCUCCCUGGCUGGCUCAGUCUGUACAGCAUGGUCCAUUUCACACUGGAACUCCUCUACUUCCAAGAAGUGGCUGCUAGGAGAGCAGGAUUCUCACAGUUGUCUGUUCUUCUCUUUGUCCUCCAUAUUGGGUUUUGCCUGACUUGCUUUGGGAGGAUUUUUGAUAAUGAUCCUUCUGCUCCCAAGUAUGAGGUGGUGAGAUGCCUGAUGACCUUGGUAGGUGAUGUUGCCUUGUGUCACUAUGGUUUCUAUGGCGCCCCGGGCUACCGACCCACCUUCGUGACGGUCUUACAGGCACUGUUUACAGCCUCUCUGGCCUUGUGGUCCUUUGUCAUUUACCAAAAUGCGAUGAAGACUAAGAAGGUGGAGUAGAAUCGGAGGAAUUGAUGAUGGGAGAAGCUAGAUUUAUGUAAUGGACAAAGCUUGACAAUCAAAAGUGUCUGUGAUAUUACCAGAUUAAAUCAUUUCAGGGCCUGUUUUUAAUUUUAAUUGAUUCAUUUUUUUUUAGAAUCUAUAGUAUACAAGUAUGUGAAAAGAUUAAAUGUCAUGAUCAUAUUUAUGGUAAAAGAGAUUUAAUGACAAUUGGUUUAUGUAUUACUGAACUGAAUUCAAAUGGCAUCUUGUGUGAUGUUGUAUAUUUACAUUGUAUAUAUAUAUAAAUGUAUACGAAUGAUUACCGGUACUGAUUUUAUUUUUAAGAGGCGUUUAUAUGGUGCUUUAGUCAUUAUAUUGUAAUUAUGUCUAAUUCUGAAUUAUGUUGAAGAAAUAAAUGUUAUGCAUAUCUUU